AUGACCCUGGCGUGUUUGGUGGCCCUGCUGGCCGCUGCCUUGGCGCUGGGCGCUGCCAGAGGGCAGCAGGCAGUUUGUCCGCCGCCUGAGUUCGACGCGGUAAAGGGACUGGAUGUGAGGAAAUUCGCCACGGCGCCGUGGUUCAGCCAGGCGCAGAUGCCCCUUUCCUUCAACCCUGCAGACCAGUUCUACUGUGUUCGAGCAAGAUACCAACUCAAUGACCAAGACGAUCUUACAGCUGGAAUAAAGGUCCUCUUCUACGCAAAUGAAGGGAGGGUCAAUGGGCCAGUGGUGAGCACAGCCAAAGGGUCCACACACGUCGAGCAGAGUGGCAACAUCACCGACUUGGAGGAGCCCAGCAAGUUUGACGUCCUUCCAACCAACCUGCAGACCAUCUUUAGGAAAACCCUGCUCCGGUUCUUCUUUCCGGACCAUUGGGUCGUUGCUGUCGGCCCCUCCAAGAAUCGCACGCUGGCGUAUGACUGGGCAAUCGUCAGCGCUGGGCCCCCAAAGACGCCGGGGAAGGCCGGGUGCCGAACAGACAUCUCAUUCCUGGGGCUCUUCCAGGUGCACCAGGGAGGCUUGUGGCUGCUCACAAGGAAGCCAGUGGAUCCUGUUGGGACCUCCAUAAUGAGGAAUGUGGCAGAAGCCAUGGGCUUCGACCUGACAGUCCUGGGCGAUGUCCAGCAGGCAGAAUGCAAGUACAUUGGGGCACCCUGA